GGGUUGGUGCUUUCUUGGUCUCCCUCUCUCUCUGGCAAGCACACGUAUCCAUGUCAAUUAAAGAAAAGGUUAAUGGUAUUAGGAGGUCUUUCAAACUUGUCUCACUACCUUUUCUCAAUUCCUCUGCUCUCUUCUGUUGAUGAUUGUGUAUCACACUUCAUUGAAAAAAAAGAAAACAGCUCUAUCUCCACCCUCUACCUACUCCUCCUGCCUACUGUAAUAGGUACUAUUUAACUAAAAUAGUCAUGCCAACACUCACGAUGGAUCCUGACUGUACUAAGAUUUAGUCCAUGUACCAAGGAAAUUUCACCAUCCUAGAGCCUGUAAACAAGAACAGGCUCAAGAAGGUACUAAAAAACAAAAAAGUGCCUGGAGCAGGAGGCAGACACACUAAGACAAGGCUAAGGUCACAGAGCGCGAACAGCUGCAACGGCCUACCACAGGUCACUAAACUAGGCUGUUAAGCAUUUCUGGGUUGUUUCCCAGAAUAGGCCAGAGGCAGCAACACACGUAGCUUUGCUGGAGAGGCUGGCAUCGCCCCUCACAGGCAAGAGAUGGAACUGAGCAGACGACAGAGCUCUCCCGAGUCACAAGGGAGCACGUGAGCGGCCUGGCACACCGCGCAUGCCCGGGACGCAGUCGGGCUCCAGGACGAUCGGACCAAGAUGGCUGCAGAGGAGGGGCCCGGAAGUGCGUCUUCCCCCGGCGGUAGCCGGCGAGCUGAGGACAUGGAGCGGAUUCUACCCGUGCUGUUGGUGCCGAUCCCGGCCGAGGCCACAAGGCGGCUGGGAUCCCGAGCGGAGCUGCACGCGGAGCAGGAGGUUCUGGCGAGCCUGACGGCCUCGGGCAACCUCCAAGUGCUUUCCGUGGCGGCCGGCGGCCGGGAUGGGCUUGGCUGCUGCCUCGAGGGCCCCUUCCAGCACUUUGUAUGGGAGGAUUCUCGGAAAAACAGCACAGCAAAGGACAAUCCCAAACUGCUUGCUCUUAAUGAAAAUUACGAACUGCUCAUCUAUGAAUUUAAUUUGAAAGAUGGACAAUGUGAUGCAACCAUUUUGUAUAGCUGUAGUGGGGAGACAUUGCAAAAGCUCAUUGAAGAUCAGGGUAUCAGUAUUUCCUUAUUGUCUUUGAAAAUUCUGUCAUUUCACAAUAACACAUCAUUAUUGUUCAUCAAUAAAUGUAUCAUCCUGUACAUUGUAUUUCCGGAAAGAGAUGCUGAGGUUAAAGUACUUAGCUGUUUCACAUUACCCCUGCCUGCACAGACGGUGGACACAGUUAUUGACGCACAACUCUGCAGAGGAAUUCUUUUUGUUUUGAGUACUUUAAGCUGGAUCUACAUUUUUGACAUUGCGGAUGGUACACACGUGGCUCAUGUGGAUUUAGCACUUCACCAAGAAGAUCUGGGUAAUGAGCAGAAACAGGAGCCAGCCAAGAUAGCUUUCUUUACUUCACUGAAAGUGUCUCAAGACUUGGAUGUUAUAGUGAUCGUCAGUUCCUCCAACUCUGCAGUUGCUCUUAACUUAAAUUUGUACUUCAGGCAACACCCAGGGCACCUACUAUAUGAAAGAACACCAGAAGACCUUCCUAUUCAAGGACCUAAGGGGAUAGAUGAAGAUGAUCCUGUUAAUUCUGACUACAACAUGAAACUGACCAAGUUGUCCUUCCAGGUUGAUAGGUCUUGGAAAGCCCAGCUAUCAUCACUGAAUGAAGCAAUAAAGAGCUCCAAACUGGAAGUUUCCUGCUGUACUCCAUGGUUCUGGGAUAUUUUGCGAUCAGAGUCUCCUAAAUCUGGUAACCACAGUACCAGCUGGGCUUUCCUUCCACAGGACUUAAUGCAUGGCCACUAUCAUUUUCCACAGGAAGAUCAUGCCAAGACCAGUGAUCCAGGAAAAUCAUGGAAGAUAAUGCACAUCAGUGAACAAACGGAACCCAGAGAGCUUAGAUGCAUGUCUGUGACAGGGUUCACUGCACUGUUUACUUGGGCAGUGGAAAGGACAAGCUGCACCAUUGUCCUCUGGGAUUUGGAGACCCAGGGCAUGCAGUGUUUCUCUCUCAACAAAAAGUGCAUUCCUGUGGACAGUAAUGGAGAGCAGCCACUAUGCCUUGUUUUGACAGAAAAUGGACUCUCUCUGAUUUUGUUUGGUUCAACUCAAGAGGAAUUUUUAAACAGACUAAUGAUCCAUGGAAGUGCCAGCACAGUGAACUCUCUUUGUCAUCUCAAUGGUUGGGGAAGAUGUUCAAUUCCCAUUCAUGCACUUGAGCCUGGGAUAGAAAAUCGUCAACUGGACACAGUAGAUUUCUUUUUGAAGAGCAAGGAAAAUCUUUUUAAUCCAUCCUCAGAAUCUUCUGUACCUGAUCAAUUUGACUGUGUUCCAUCUCAUUUAUAUUUAAGAAAUGUGGAAGAACUGACACCAGCAUUGGAUUUACUUUGCUCAGCAAUUAGAGAAAGUGAUUCUGAAACCCAAAGCAAACACUUUUCUGAACAAUUGCUAAAUCUUACACUGUCUUUCCUUAACAAACAGAUAAAGGAGCUUUUUAUUCACACUGAAGAGUUAGAUGAACAUCUACAGAAAGGAGUUAACAUUCUGACCAGCUACAUUAAUGAACUUCGAACCUUCAUGAUAAAGUUUCCUUGGAAGCCAACAGAUGCUAUAGAUGGAUAUGAUAAAAAUGAAAAUGUCCCCAAAGUGAGGGAGAGCGUCCUGUGGAAGAAACUUAGUUCUGAGGAAGUUAUUUCUAAUGCCAUUUUAAACAAUAAAAUUCCAGAGGCACAAACCUUCUUCAAGAUUAACAGUCAUCCUGCUCAAAGACUGGAGGAACUGAUUAGAAUGGGCCUUGAUUUGGUCUUUGACAACUUGAAAAAGAACAAUAUUAAGGAAGCCUCUGAACUUUUGAAGAAUAUGGGCUUUGAUGUGAAAGACCAGUUGCUCAAGAUAUGCUUCUAUACAUCUAAUAAAAAUAUACGAGACUUUUUGGUUGAAAUUUUAAAAGAAAAAUGUUAUUUUCCUGAAAAAGAAAAAAAAACUAUAGACUUUGUGCAUCAAGUUGAGAAGUUUUAUUUGGGAUAUUUCCAAGAAAAUAUGCAGAUCCAGUCCUUUCCCAGGUAUUGGAUAAAGGAACAAGAUGUUUCUAAACACAAAGCUGUUUUGGACUCGUUCCUGAAAUACGAUCGUAAAGAUGAAUUUAACAAACAAGACCAUGGAAUUGUGUUAAAUUGGGCCCAGUGGUGGGAUCAACUAACACAAGAGUCUAUCCUUCUCCCCAGGAUAAGUCCAGAAGACUGCAAAUCAUAUUCUCCCGAAGCCCUCUGGAGAUAUCUCACCGCUCGCCAUGAUUGGUUAAACAUUAUCUCUUGGAUUGGAGAGUUUCAGAGCCAGGAUAGUCCUGUUUCACUUCAGUAUAACAAAUGGCCCCCUCUGACAGUUGAUGUUAUUGAUCAGAAUACUCGCUGCAACAACUACAUGAGGAAUGAAAUUUUAGAUAAACUGGCCAGAAAUGGGGUUUUUCUUGCAUCUGAAUUAGAAGACUUUGAACUCUUCCUCAUAAGACUGAGCCGUAUUGGAGGUGUGAUGCAAGAUACCCUCCCUGUUCAAAACUAUAAGACCAAAGAAGGUUGGGAUUUCCAUUCUCGUUUCAUCCUCUAUUGUUUGGAACAUGGUCUGCAGUACCUCCUUUAUGUCUAUCUUGACUAUUACAAACUUAGUCCUGAAAAUUGUUCUUUUCUGGAAAAGAAAGAAUUACAUGAAUCAUAUCCUUGGUUUGAAUUUUUAGUUCGAUGUCGACAAGUUUCCAGUAAUUUAACAGAUUCCAAACUGAUCUUUCAGGCUAGCCUCGCAAAUGCUCAGAUUUUGAUCCCCACCAAUCAGGCCAGCAUAAGCAGUAUGCUACUGGAAGGACACACACUACUGGCCCUCGCUGCCACCAUGUACGCUCCUGGGGGUGUUAGCCAGGUUGUACAGAAUGAAGAAAAUGAGAAUUGUUUGAAGAAAGUGGAUCCCCAGCUACUGAAGAUGGCGUUAACUCCUUACCCCAAACUGAAAACUGCGCUCUUCCCACAGUGCACUGCUCCUAACGUCUCGCCACCUGAUAUCACGCUCUACCACCUUAUUCAGUCACUAUCACCCUUUGACCCUAGCAGAUUGUUUGGCUGGCAGCCUGCCAACACCCUAGCUAUUGGAGAUGCAUCAAGUCACCUCCCACAUUUUUCAAGCCCUGACCUGGUUAAUAAGUAUGCUGUAGUGGAACGUCUGAAUUUUGCUUAUUAUUUACAUCAUGGACGGCCAUCAUUUGCAUUUGGUACUUUCCUGGUCCAGGAAUUAAUCAAGAGCAAGACUCCCAAACAGCUGAUCCAGCAAGUAGGCAAUGAAGCCUAUGUUUUAGGGCUCUCCUCCUUCCAUGUACCUUCAAUAGGAGCGGCCUGUGUGUGUUUCUUAGAAUUGCUUGGCCUCGACAGCCUCAAGCUCAGAGUUGAUAUGAAAGUGGCCAAUAUCAUUUUGAGCUACAGGUGUAGAAAUGAAGAUGCUCCAUACAGCUUGAUCAGAGAGUCUCUAGCUGAAAAACUGUCUAAACUGGCCAAUGGUGAAAAGGCAAUCACAGAAGAAUUGCUUGGGUUCUUAGAAGAAGGUACCUGGAACAGCAUUCAGCAGCAGGAAGUGAAGAGGGUGUCCAAUGAAUCUAGCAGCCAGUGGGCAUUAGUGGUGCAGUUCUGCAGACUCCACAACAUGAAACCGAGCACAGCAUACCUUAGAGAAUGUGCCAAAGCAAACGACUGGCUGCAGUUCAUUAUUCACAGCCAACUUCAUAACUACCAUCCAGAGGAGGUGAAAUCCCUUCUCCAGUACUUCAGCCCAGUCCUUCAAGACCACUUAAGGCUCGCAUUUGAGCACUUGCCCUCCGUGUGCAACUCCAGUAUGGACAAUAAUCAGGUCUUCUACAAGUCCCCCCAGGAGCUCCAGGGAAACAAAGGCGAGACGACCGAUUUAUUUGCAAUUCUGCUCCAGUGCUCAGAGGAGCCAGAUGCCUGGCGCUGGCUCCUGGCAGAGGCAGUGAGACAACAGGCGCCUGUCCUUAGUGUCCUGGCCUCGUGUCUCCAGGAUGCCAGUGCUCUUCCUUGUCUCUGUGUCUGGAUCAUCACUUCUGUGGAGGACAGUGUAGCAGCUGAAGCAGUGGGGCACAUUCAGGACUUAAUCGAGAGCCACACCUGGGACCUUGAGGACCUUUCAGUCAUCUGGAGGACAUUAUUAACAAGACAGAAGAGCAAAACUCUCAUCAAAGCGUCCCAACUCUUCGCUAAGGAUUCCCCACUACUGUUGAUAAUGGAGAUGUAUGAACUGUGUAUGUUCUUCAAGAAUUACAAGGAAGCAGAAGCUAAACUUCUGGAUUUCCAGCAGAGCCUUGAAACUCUUGACACCACAGCCACAAGGGUCCACUCUGUCAUCCCUGCCACAUGGCUGAAGAAACAGGUGUGUUUCCUUUUGAAGCUUAUGCUCCAGCAGUGCGAGACCCAGUAUGAGCUGGGAAAGCUUUUACAUCUGUUUGUUGGCAUAGAGCAUCUCUUCUCUGAUGGUCCAGACGUGAAGAAGCUGUGCAUCCUCAGCCAGAUUUUGAAGGAUAAUUCCAUAGCCAUUAAUCAUAUAAUUAUUACCAGCUAUAGCAUUGAGAAUUUUCAGCAUGAAUGCAAAUAUAUUUUAGAAAGACUGCAGACAGAUGGACAGUUUGCUUUGGCCAGGAGGGUAGCAGAAUUAGCUGAGUUGCCUGUGGACAGCUUGGUUAUCGAAGAGGUAACACAGGAAAUGCAGGCCCUAAAACACAUUGAACAGUGGUCCCUGAAACAAACAAGAAUUGACUUUUGGAAAAAAUGCCAUGAGAAUUUUAAGAAAAAUUCCGUAUCAAGCAAAGCAGCUUCUGCCUUUUUCUCAGGCCAGGCCCAUAUGGCCUGUGAGCACCCAACCACACGGAGCGACACUGAGGAGCGCCAUCUGCUGCUCACCCUGGCGGGGCACUGGCUAGCCCAGGAGGACCCAGUACCCUUGGACGAGCUGGAAGAGCUUGAAAAGCAGAUCUGGCUCUGCCACAUCACUCAGCACACCCUCGGAGGAAACCAGGAGGAAGUAGAGCCCAGGUGUUUUCGACAGAUCUCAACUAGUGGUGAACUUUCCUUUGAUAGCUUAGCCAGGGAGUUUUCCUUCUCCAAAUUGGCGGCUCUGAACACAUCAAAAUAUUUAGGACUGAACGACCUUCCAUCAAAAGAGACAUGUGAGGAUAGUAGACUGGAUUGGAAGGAGCGGGAGUCACUCUGCUUUUUGAUCGGGCGCCUGUUGGAUGAUGGCUGUGUGCAUGAAGCAAGUAGAGUCUGCCGGUAUUUUCAUUUCUAUAACCAAGAUGUUGCCUUGGUGUUGCACUGCAGAGCCCUGGCCUCUGGGGAGGCCGGCAUGGAUGACCUGCAUCCAGAGAUCUGUGCUCUCCUACAGAAUGCUCAGCUGCUUGAGGAAGAAGAGCCUGACAAGCCUCUGAGGAAAGUCCAAAGCAAUUCAAGUCUGGAUAGUCAGUCAUUCGUGAUGGUGCCUCCCAGUGAUGGAUUGAAGGCCAGCCUGGAAACUCUGACAAGCAAAUGCCUCCAUGGAAAGAACUACUGCCGACAGGUCCUCUGUCUGUAUGAACUUGCCAAGGAACUGGGCUGUUCCUACUCAGAUGUGGCUGCCCAGGAUGGUGAGGCCGUGCUUCGGGCAAUCUUGGCCUCUCAGCAGCCCGACCGAUGCAGACGAGCCCAGGCCUUCAUUAGCACCCAAGGCCUCAAGCCAGAGACUGUGGCUGAACUUGUGGCUGAAGAGGUGACACAGGAGCUGCUGACCCCAUCUGAGGGAACAGGACGUAAGCAGGUGUUCAACCCAGCAGAGGAAAGCCAGACAUUUCUUCAGCUGACCACUCUGUGUCAAGAUCGCACAUUGGUAGGCAUGAAGUUGCUGGAUAAGAUUUCCUCCGUUCCCCAUGGGGAACUGUCUUGUACCACAGAGCUUCUGAUCCUGGCCCAUCACUGCUUCACUCUGACAUGCCACAUGGAAGGCAUCAUCCGAGUCCUACAGGCUGCCCGGGUGCUCACAGAUAACCACUUGGCCCCCAACGAGGAGUAUGGACUGGUGGUCCGCCUCCUAACCGGCAUUGGAAGGUACAAUGAGAUGACAUACAUAUUUGAUUUGCUUCAUAAAAAGCACUACUUUGAAGUGCUGAUGAGGAAGAAGUUAGAUCCGAGUGGAACCCUGAAGACAGCCCUGCUGGACUACAUCAAGCGCUGCCGCCCUGGGGAUAGUGAGAAGCACAACAUGAUCGCCCUGUGCUUCAGCAUGUGCCGAGAGAUAGGUGAAAACCACGAAGCAGCUGCCCGUAUCCAGCUGAAAUUGAUUGAGUCUCAGCCCUGGGAGGACAGCCUCAAGGAUAGCCACCAGCUAAAGCAGCUGCUGCUCAAGGCCCUGACUCUGCUGCUAGAUGCAGGAGAGAGUUACGCCAAGGACUCCUGUGUGCGACAGGCCCUCCACUGUCAUCGGCUCACUAAGUUGAUAACACUACAGAUCCACUUCCUGAACACUGGCCAGAACACAAUGCUCAUCAACUUGGGCCACCAUAGGCUGACGGACUGUAUUGUGGCCCUACCUCGGUUCUACCAGGCUUCUAUUGUGGCUGAGGCUUAUGACUUUGUUCCAGAUUGGGCUGAAAUUCUGUACCAGCGAGUGAUUCUUAAAGGAGACUUUAAUUACUUGGAUGAAUUUAAGCAGCAAAGGCUAUUAACAUCUAGUAUAUUUGAAGAGAUUUCAAAAAAAUAUAAACAACAUCAGCCUACUGACAUGGUCAUGGAAAACCUGAAGAGGUUACUCACAUAUUGUGAAGAUGUCUACCUGUACUACAAGUUGGCAUAUGAACACAAAUUUUAUGAAAUUGUCAAUGUGCUUCUAAAGGACCCUCAGACUGGCUGCUGUCUUCAGGACAUGCUAGCAGGUUAGAUAUUUCACAGGUGCCUGUUUGCUCACGUGGAUAGCUCGUGGUCAGAGUGGACUAAUGCACUGGGGAGCUGUGCCCAUGUUGAAAAGCUACAACUGCACCAUAUCAGUCCUUUGUGAUAUUGGUAAAGAAUGAGAUUUUUCACAAGGAAAUUCCUAUGUAAAAGUUACUGUUCAUCUGUACCAUAAGGAUACUAGAAUUAAGAUCAAAAGCUUCCUCUUUCUCAGGUUGGCUUCUUUAGAUGAUACAAUAAUGAUUAAAGAAUACCUGUGCCUGCAGAUUCCAGUUUCAAAGAAAUUUAAUAUUAUUUACACAGUUAAGGAACAGGUGAUAAAUUUUCAUUUGUUAGAAACUGACCUUUCUAUAAUAAAAUAAAUUUUAAAUUCAGUGUAUGUCAUUAUUACUGCUAAGGAAAUCUUAGCCCUUGUGUGCCUUAAAACGAUCUAGUUAUGGUAAUUAUUGCUAUGCAGUCACUGCUUCUGUUAACUCUUCAAAAUAUUUAGAUCCUGUUUUUCACUUAGUCUACAGAGCUUUGAAGUUCCAAUUUUCUAUAUAAGAGAAAUUGGAAACUUUUGUCUUCUCUCUACUGCCUUUGUGACAACUAGGGGGAAAAAUAAACCACUAAUUUGGGUAAAUCGGUUAGAAAAUAUAUAAUAAAGAAAAUCCCCAAAUCUAUGCUCAGAGCCCUAACCUGAGUUAUAGGCUUAAUUACUCCAAAUAAAUAAGUCAUCUGGGUACUUAAUUAGACCUUGGAAUCUAAAUAACAAAAUAAUUUCCCGAAAUAAAUUAAGAUGCAGGCAGCCAUAUACCUUUGCUGCUCUGAGGUGACACUAUUACAGACCUGGCAAAGCCUUCAUGUUUUAAAGCUGAAACUACAUUAGGCAUGUAUCAGACUUUAGUAAGGUAUACAGGUAAGUCCCAAGAGCUGUGUUCUAUACUCUCCAAAAAUAUCUCUUGGGAGGUAACACAAAUUUUAAGUCCUCACAAUAGUGAUUUUAUUAAAUUAGUUGCUUUAUAAAACACUGCAGAUGUCAUAAUUGUUAACAUAACAAUUUACCAAACUGUAAUUAACUGGUGCAGUUUGCUGAGCAUGUUU